AUGAGCAAUAGAACUCCAACAAAGAGAUCAUCCAGUAAACGUCAAGUUUCUCCACCAGAAAACAAACAUCAACAAAAAAAUUCUAAGAGAAAAGAACAGCAAAAGCAAUCUGAACCAGAAAUUGUUGAACAAAAGCCAGUUGAAGAAGUAAAGGAAGAUCUUGUUGUUAAACCAGAAAAUAUUUUCAGUAAAUACAUCAUAAUCCCAUGUUAUUAUGAAGAAAAUCCAGAGCCUAAAAACGUCGAACUUAAAUUUGAUAUUAAUGUCGAUAUUACAGAGAGCAAUGAAUUAGAUGCACUCCGUAUUGUACUAUGCGAUAACGAAGACAUCUUCUUCUGCAUGAAAUCUGCGUUUAAGAAACGAGAUUUCGAAAAGAUCAAAAAUAAAGAGAGAUACAACUGUAAAUACGAAGAAAUCCCGGGUUUGCUUAUACAGAUGCUUGAAUCAUUCAUGAAACAAGAGCCAGAUUUCUUAAUUUAUAUUGAAAUGCAUCCACAGACUUGUACGAUGUACAUUCAGCAGAGAACUAACCUAUUCAUUAAAGAGCUCAUUCAUUUUCAGUUUGAACAUGUUUCUGAAGAAGAAUCUGAUUUACUGGCUCAACAAGCUUAUUUACUCGUCAGAACAAGACUUCUUCAGAAGAAGGAACAGCUCGACAUUUACAUGACCGCUCUCAUGAAGAAGAAUCCUGAUAUUUAUAACGAUAUCCAAAUAAACGGAAUGGAUUACAUACAUACGCCUGAGGAGAAGAAGAGAGCUUUGGAGCACUUCCUUGAGAAGGAUGAGAAGGUUGCUGCUGGAAUUGCAGAACUUGAACGUAAGAAUUUAGGUUUUACAUUCAAGACAAACAAGAAACUCAUGCCACUUAAAGAUCAGGAUGUGGAAGCAUAA